UUUCACAACGUGGUCGAUCGUUCAGCGCAACCACGAAUCACCGAGAUGAAGCCGGACCAUCGGGUAGUAAUGCUAGAACUGAACCAGCCUCAGAACCGAUAUCACCCCAACUCAGUGGUACUAAUAAAACGGGAAAACCUAAAUCCAUAUUGGAAGAACAUGGCAUCCUGAUGGGUAAGGUCAUCGGAACGGGUAAUUAUGCCAAGGUGAAAAUUGGCUAUUCCGAAGAGUAUGGAAAACGAGUGGCCAUUAAAAUCAUAUCAAAGGUUAAGGCACCAGCGGAAUAUACCCAAAAAUUUUUACCACGGGAAAUUGAGGCUGUCAAGGGGUUGCAUCAUGAAAAUUUAAUAACCUUCUAUCAGAGCAUUGAAACGAGUCAUAGGGUCUAUCUGAUCAUGCAAUUGGCCGAAAAUGGCACCCUAUUGGAUUAUGUGCGUGACAAAAAAUUUCUCGAGGAGACACAAUCCCGAAAUCUCUUCAAGCAACUGAUAAAUGCAGUGGAAUAUAUCCAUUCCAAGGGUGUGGUGCACCGCGACAUAAAAUGUGAAAACCUUCUGCUGGAUGAAAAUUUCAAUUUGAAAUUGAUUGACUUUGGAUUUGCCCGCAAGGAUACCAAGACCAGUGAUGAACAGGUUAUAUUGUCGAAAACAUUUUGCGGCAGCUAUGCAUAUGCAAGUCCGGAAAUUUUGAAAGGUGUUCCCUAUGAUCCCUUUCUUUCGGAUCUUUGGGCCUGUGGUGUGGUCUGUUAUGCCAUGGUCUUUGGCCGUCUACCCUACGAUGGUUCGAAUGUUAAUGUCUUACUGAAACGCAUAAAUGCCUCAUUGGUGUUUCCUAAAACUCCCACUGUGUCCAAUGAAUGUAAGCAGUUGAUCUUACACAUAUUGGCUCCGGUGAAGAUUCGAUUUCGUUUGGAACAAAUUAAGGAGGAUCCAUGGAUGAAAAAGACAUGA